AUGAAAGUACUCAACAUUCGUACAGCAAAUUCACAAACACAUUUCGCCAAUUUUAAUAAAUUUUGGGAUCAAAGAUAUCUUUUAUUACUCUUCUUAAUCGCAACUUAUAUUACUUUCGAAUUAUUUUAUAAUAUUAAAGAUAACUUAAAUGUUAUUUAUCGCGAAACUUCGAGACAUAAACCUUCUGAUAGAAAAUUAACAACUAUCCCUUAUAUUACAACUAAUACCCAAAAUCCUUAUUAUCACCAUCACCACAACGAUCAUCAUCGUUACAAAACUUUGAAUGAUUCUCAAUUGAACUUUAAAUUCUGUGCAAAUGAAGAUAAAUCACAAUUAUUAAAUCGUAUAAUAGUAUUACCACAUAUUAUUAGUGUUAAUAAUGGAAAUAAUAAUUCUUUCCCAUUUUAUUCAUGUGAUCUUAUUAGAAAAUUCGGGAAUCAUUCAAAUCCUAUUAUUAAUAAUAAUAUUAAUGGAACAUCACAAGAAAAUGAAAUUAAUUUAAAUGAAUUUGAUAAUAAAUUAUUAAAAAAAUUAUUUCCAAACGUUCGAUUCAUCACACAACAUGAAUUUCAAAUUUGGUCGAAAUCAAGAAUUCACAAACCAAAAAUUAUUCACGAAUUUAUUUCGGUUGGAAAUAGAAAAUUUCAAAAUAUUGAAAUUUUAUCACAUCAUCAUUACGACCCUUAUAUCCGAACAAGUAGUUUCUCAUCUCGAAAAUCCGUAAAAGAAACUACAAAAUUUUUAUUGAAAGAAUUAAAAAAUGAUGUUGAAGUAUUAUUGGUAGCACACGAUUUGAAAUUUAGAAAAUUUUAUAAAGUUUUUUCUUCAAUUUAUAAUUCUA